AUGCCGCUCCACGCCGACCUAUGCACCAUCCUUCAAAACGCCUCUCGCGCGCGCCUUCGGUCGAUCCCCAUCGCCUCGACCCGCGAUAACCUCUCCAUCCUCUCCAUCCUUCUUCAGCACGGAUUCGUCCACAAUGUCGUCCGAGGCACACAAACGGGUCCUUCUCCUGGAUCAUACACCGCAGCAAGCCCGGCAGCCCGCAGAUUGUGGGUCGAUCUCAAGUUCCGACCGGACGACAGGCCCGUGUUGGAAUCUAUGAAUGUCGUUUCGAAGCCAAGUAGGAAGUUGACCAUGGAUAAGGACGAGCUGUUGCGAUUCGCAACGGGGAGGAGGGCCAAAUUCGUCAAGCCACUGGAUAUGGGUGAGAUCGGGAUUGUGGAUUGCGGCAAGAACGGGUGGUGGGAGGUGAGGGAUGCGAUUAGGAGAGGGUAUGGCGGAGAGGUCGUUGCGAGGGUGUCGUAG